CGGGGCGGGGCGCUUUGCUCUGGACUCUGGGGCGCCAGGCUCCGGACUCCGCGGCGCAGACUGCACCUCGCAGUCUCCCCAGGUCCGCCCAGCAGCCGCGCUUCAGCCAGAAUACUGGGAUCUUCAGUGGCAGGAGGAGUAAUCAGAAGACGGAGAUGAAUUUUAACACUAUUUUGGAGGAGAUUCUUAUUAAAAGGUCACAGCAGAAAAAGAAGACAUCGCCCUUAAACUACAAAGAGAGACUUUUUGUACUUACAAAGUCCAUGCUAACCUACUAUGAGGGUCGAGCAGAGAAGAAAUACAGAAAGGGGUUUAUUGAUGUUUCAAAAAUCAAGUGUGUGGAAAUAGUGAAGAAUGAUGAUGGUGUCAUUCCCUGUCAAAAUAAGUAUCCAUUUCAGGUUGUUCAUGAUGCUAACACACUUUACAUUUUUGCACCUAGUCCGCAAAGCAGGGACCUGUGGGUGAAGAAGUUAAAAGAAGAAAUAAAGAACAACAAUAAUAUUAUGAUUAAAUAUCAUCCUAAAUUCUGGACAGAUGGAAGUUAUCAGUGUUGUAGACAAACUGAAAAAUUAGCACCCGGAUGUGAAAAAUACAAUCUUUUUGAGAGUAGUAUAAGAAAAGCACUACCUCCAGCACCAGAAACAAAGAAGCGAAGGCCUCCCCCACCAAUUCCACUAGAAGAAGAAGAUACUAGUGAAGAAAUCGUUGUAGCCAUGUAUGAUUUCCAAGCAGCAGAAGGACAUGAUCUCAGAUUAGAGAGAGGCCAAGAGUAUCUCAUUUUAGAAAAGAAUGAUGUUCAUUGGUGGAGAGCAAGAGAUAAAUAUGGGAAUGAAGGAUAUAUCCCAAGUAAUUAUGUAACGGGAAAGAAAUCAAACAACUUAGAUCAAUAUGAAUGGUAUUGCAGAAAUAUGAAUAGAAGCAAGGCAGAGCAACUCCUCCGCAGUGAAGAUAAAGAAGGUGGUUUUAUGGUAAGGGAUUCCAGUCAACCAGGCUUGUACACAGUCUCCCUUUAUACCAAGUUUGGAGGAGAAGGUUCAUCGGGUUUUAGGCAUUAUCAUAUAAAGGAAACAACAACAUCUCCAAAGAAGUAUUACCUAGCUGAAAAACAUGCUUUUGGCUCCAUUCCUGAGAUUAUUGAAUAUCAUAAGCACAAUGCAGCCGGACUUGUCACCAGGCUUCGGUACCCAGUUAGUGUGAAAGGGAAGAAUGCACCCACCACUGCAGGAUUCAGCUAUGAGAAAUGGGAGAUUAACCCUUCAGAACUGACCUUUAUGAGGGAAUUGGGAAGUGGACUGUUUGGAGUGGUGAGGCUUGGCAAAUGGCGAGCCCAGUACAAAGUCGCAAUCAAAGCUAUUCGGGAAGGUGCAAUGUGCGAGGAGGACUUUAUAGAAGAAGCUAAAGUGAUGAUGAAACUGACACACCCGAAGUUAGUGCAGCUUUAUGGUGUGUGCACCCAGCAGAAACCAAUAUACAUUGUUACCGAGUUCAUGGAAAGGGGCUGCCUUCUGAAUUUCCUCCGACAGAGACAAGGUCAUUUCAGUAGAGACGUACUGCUGAGCAUGUGUCAGGAUGUGUGUGAAGGGAUGGAGUAUCUGGAGAGAAACAGCUUCAUCCACAGAGAUCUGGCUGCCAGAAAUUGUCUAGUAAGUGAGGCGGGAGUUGUAAAAGUAUCUGAUUUUGGAAUGGCCAGGUAUGUUCUGGAUGAUCAGUACACAAGUUCUUCUGGUGCUAAGUUUCCCGUGAAGUGGUGUCCACCUGAAGUGUUUAAUUACAGCCGCUUCAGCAGCAAAUCAGAUGUCUGGUCAUUUGGUGUUUUAAUGUGGGAAGUAUUCACGGAAGGCAGAAUGCCUUUUGAAAAAUACACCAAUUAUGAAGUGGUAACCAUGGUUACUCGAGGCCACCGACUCUACCAGCCGAAGUUGGCGUCCAACUAUGUGUAUGAGGUGAUGCUGAGAUGUUGGCAGGAGAAACCAGAGGGAAGGCCUUCUUUCGAAGAUCUGCUGCGCACAAUAGAUGAACUAGUUGAAUGUGAAGAAACUUUUGGAAGAUAAGCGAUGUGUGACCAGUGGCUCCCAGAUUCCCAAGCACAAGGAAGGAUGGGCAUUUUGUGGCUUUUAAUUUAUUGAGCACUUGGACAUGUAGAUCGUUUUACUUAUACAGUGGAAACACAUAAAUAAUUUGCUUCUAGAGCAGCCUCUGUCUAGACUUGCUUCUAGACAGAAUCUCCCAGAGUGUGGAAAUGUUGCCUUAGAAAUGGUGAUUAAAAUCACUCAUUUCUAUUCAUUCCUCAGGCACUUGAGUGACAGUUGUUUACCAGGCACUGUGUGUAGCCCCAGGGUUUGGCCAUUCAGGGGUGCACACAUGGGACCAUGCUAGCUGAUGCCAGUUGAAGGCCAGGGUAUUUGGGAAGGGGAAGGGUAUUAGAGUCAUGACCAAGCAACCCUUCUUUUUCCCUUUGACUUCUACAGAAAUCUGGGCCUGAGACAUUGUCUACAAUUGGGUUCUAGAUAAAUCGGGAACCCACCUUGGAUAAAUACCUAUCUUUUGUUUUGAAAACAUCUCAGUUUUCAAGACUGCUCUUAGUAUUACAUGAACAAUAUUUGUAUGCUGUAUAUAUUGUAAAUAUAUAUAAUAUAUAAAGUUAUAUAUUUAUGAGAAACACGAAUUGUCUUUUAAUUGAAACUUUUAAUCCUGUAGUAUAGGAGUUCACCUUCUUAGGACUAGAGACUGUGCCUUAUAGCUGUUAAUUCAUUUCCCCCUGAACAUCAAAUAUGCCUGAAGAGAAGAAAGUCUAGAUUCUUCUAUGAGUAACGCCCCCUCCUCACUCAGGUAAAUGUGUCUAGGGAUGCCUGUCCAGCUUAACCACGUGCAUUUGGCCUAUGUAAUCCUGCCCAUGGUGGCCGCAGCUAAUCAGAAUCAGAUGGAAAAUUAAACCGGGUAAUCUACUUCUAAGCCUUAAGAAUAUUCCCUGGGACACAGACACUAUAACUGGAAGUGCUGAGCUCUGGGGCAGAAGGAUCAGGUGACCUUCGCAACAAAGUUUGCCCCCACCUCACAUAGGACCCAGAAGCAGCCCGAGUUGUGGCGGAGGAUCCAGGAAGCUACCGAGAGAAGCAGCGAGCAUGGUGUUCCGUGCCUCCCGGACGUUUUUCAGGAGGCCUGGUUGGACCUGGGUUCCUGGAUGGUGGGAUUGUUGUACAGCCUCUCAGGAGACCCUGCUGUCAAGACUGUGUGUGUGGAUUUCUCACCCUUAGAAGCUCUACUAAGACAUCAACGGAGUUAGGGCCUUCCUUUUUGCCUUGUGAGCGCCAAGGAAAAGAAACUAUCUCGGUCACGUGAGCGCCAGCGAAAAGAAACUGUAUCAGUCAUCCAGAGACCGUUUAUUGCCCAACACGUUAUUCUUGCUGUUGGUGGGGUAACUAGCCGAGGAAGACACAGCGCCUUCCCUUCAGGAGUUGGGUCUCCUCUGGAGGCCACGAUGGUCUGCUCUGGAGCAUUGGGUGAACACACAGGCUGGCUGCUCUGGGCAGCGCCUUCACUCUGACCCUGGAGAACCAUUUCAUUUCAUCCUGGUCAGUCUAGAGUCUGUGCACCAGGCAGUCCAUCCACUGAAGGCUGUGUUUAUUCUUUUCCUGUGCCCCUCAUAAUGGAAGAAAGUAAACUGCUUAUCCCGAGCCUUAUCACAAUCUGCCACAUUCCUUCUUGUCUACCUGUUUAACUGUACCCCCAUCACAAAAACAGGCACAACUUUUUUUUUACAUUCCAGGGUACAUGUGCAGGAUGUGCAGUUUUGUUACAUAGGUAAACGUGUGCCAUGGUGGUUUGCUGCACCUAUCAAAAACUCAUCACCUAGGUAUGCAUUAGUUAUUUUUCCUGAUCUUAGCCUGAUAUAUAUAUUUCCUGAUAUUAGCCUGGCAUGCAUUAGCUAUUUUUCUUGAUGCUCUCCCCUCAUCUGUCCUCCCCAACAGGCCCCAGUGUGUGUUGUUCCCCUCCCUGUGUCCAUGUGUUUCAUGGUUCAGUUCCCACUUAUAAGUGAGAACAUGUGGUGUUUGGUUUUCUGUUCCUGCAUUACUUUGCUAAGGAUAACGGCUUCCAGUUCCAUCCAUGUCCCUGCAAAGGACAUGAUUUCAUUCUGUAUAGCUGCAUAAUAUUCCACGGUGUAUAUGUACCACAUUUUCUUUAUCCAGCCUAUCAUUGAUGGGCAUUUUGGUUGCUAACCAUGCACAACUUUUAACUGACUUGUAGCUCAUUCAAGGAGUCGGUCCUGGCACACUCUACCUUACUAUCACUGUCAGCCUUUUCUCCUUCCUUCCUGACCUUCCCUCCUCCCAUCCCAUACUUCCCUUUUCACCUUGAGGAGCUACGGGAAGUACUAGGUGGUAUGAAAGAGAGUGAGGAGAAGAUAGAGUCCCUGUCCUAAUGGUCAGUGUAUGCUUUUUAUGGGAAAACAAGAUAGAUAGCACCUGGCAACAUUUGUCAACAUUUCCUUCAAAAAUCUUUAAAUAUUUUUCACUAAGACUUAGAAAAAAAAAGUUUUAUACGAAAGCAUAACAAAGGCAAAAGGUGAAGUAAAAAUAACAGUCAUCACCCAGAAUGCUAAGGAGACCUUAAUCUAAACCAGGAAAUUGGAAGGGCGAUUAGAAUAUGCUGUGUCUUCAUUAAAGUUGCUCUGUUAAUUAGUUAACACAUGGUUAUGCUCUCCAGUGGGAUGAAGUGAAACUCCCAAGUGUGUUUUGUAUUGUUGGUGUUUUUAUAUUUCUCAGCCAUCCCCCAAUCACAUUUUAGGGUUAUUACUAGAUUGACUUCCCCCAAAUAAAGCGUCUGCUGAGUGGGAGGAUGGAACAUUCUAAACUCAAUAUUCCAGAGCCUAGAAUCUAAUUGUUUCUGCCACUCACGGUGUGGCCUUGGGCAAGUCCCUUAUUCUGUCUGUACCUUCAUUUCCUUCCCAGUCCAGAGAGGGCAGUUUGAUUUGAUAAUUUUAAAGGUGCCUUUUACCAAAAUUUUGUGAUUUCUUGAAAAUGAUGUUUGCGAGUCACCCACACCUUUGGGGAUGAGAGACUAAUAGCAGAUACCCUCAGAGAUUGGGAUGGAGAUUACUGAGCUUUCUUAUAUAUGCCAUUGGUUGUCAUUUAUACUCUUCUGAGGUUUUCAGAACAGGAAAAUAGGUGGGGUUAACUCUGCCCGUGAGAAACAUCUUGAGCAAACUAUGAUUUCAGUUGAAAGAUGUGUUUUUGUGAGUAGAGCACCGCAGAAGAACUGAAGACUGUUGUGUGCUCCCCGCAGAAGGGGCUGCCAUGAUCCUUUCCUCCUGUGAGUAAGAUGGGCUUUGUCAUUUAUUUUUGGGGCUUGUUCUGGGGCCUGUUAUUCUUGAACAGCAGAGGAAGUUUUUUUUUCUAAGGCAUAGAGCUUGGGAACAUUAAAAGAUAAUUUCCUCAGAUGUUGUGACAGACUUUUGUUUCUUAUUUAAAGAACCACAGUGGUGAUGUAAUUCUAAUAAAGGUUCAGCAUUGAGAACAUAAAUGAAAGAAAAACAAAAAGAGUGUCCAGAAAUCUGCAUAUGUGUGUGUAGAAAUGCAAUCAGUAUGAAGUACUUGUUUUUAGAAUGAGACUGUAAUGAGCUCUGGGCUGAAGUCCAGGAGACCAAGUUCUAGUUCUGGAAUGAACUCUGGGCUGAAGGCCAGGAGACCAAGUUCUAGUUCUGGAUUUGCUCCAGCAGUGGUGGAUCACAGUGGGCAACUUUAUAUAUAUAUAAAUACACACACAUACACACACACACACAAAUAAAUAUCUAUAUUUAAGGCAAAAGGAAGAGAAGUCAAAACACAACUGUGUUUAUACUCUGAAAUUAUCUGCUUUAUCAAGUAAACAUAUAGACUUAACCUUUAUUUUCACAGGGGUAUUUAUUCACAAUUCUAUGUAGACUUCUGUUAUCGAGGACCUUUCCCAAGCAAUUGAAAUUUAGGCAAAACUGAUUCUUAUCUGCAGUCAGAGCCUGAGUAAAGGCCAAAAUAAGAGUCAAAGUCACGAGUCUCUACCUGGUUAAAAGUGUGAACAUGGUCAAGUGUGAACACUGGCUCAAAUGUCUCUUUCCCUCAUAUGUAAUACUACAUAUGAAGUUGUUAUUUUAAUAUUUUUAUAGAAUAUAAGACCACCGUUAAAAAUAAGUGCUUGUUUUAGGAGAACAGAGAAAGAUUCCCUAGACACUGUUAUCUGUGAAGAUCCUUGGUUUGAAAGAGCUGUGGGGGAUGCUUAUAAAUCCAAAGAAAUUAGAAUAAAAAAAAACAAGCAGAAUAGUCUUCUAAAUAAGAAGGCAGCCGUCAUAUCAGAAUUGCAAUGUGUUUGUUUCUUUAUAAAGGUAUUUAUUGAGCACCUACUAUGGGCCAUGGUCUAUACCAGUUCCUUUAUAUUCAUUAUCUGAAAUCUUCACUACAAACUGGCAAGGUGAAAAUUGUUAUUCUUAUCUAGCCAAUAAGAAAAUUGUGCCUUUGAAAGUUUAAAUCUUGCCAGAAACUCAUAUGGUUGUCAGACUCAGGAUUUAAGCAUGAGACUUUUUUUUUUUUUUUUUUUUUAGACAGAGUCUUGCUCUGUCACCCAGGCUGGAGUGCAAUGGCACGAUCUCAGCUCACUGCAACCUCCACCUCCUGGGUUCAAGUGGUUCUCCUGCCUCAGCCUCCCGAGUAGCUGGGACUACAGGCGCAUGCCACCAUGCCUGGCUAGUUUUUCUAUUUGUAGUAGAGACAGGGUUUCACCAUGUUGGCCAGGUUGGUCUCAAACUCCUGACCUCAAGUGAUUUGCCUCAGCCUCCCAAAGUGCUGGGAUUACAGGCAUGAGCCACCACACCCGGCCAAGCAUGAGACUUGCCAGACUCGGGAUUUAAGUGCUCUUCCUUUUGCCUUAAAUAUAUAUGUACACACACACAUACACACAUAUAUAAAUAAGUUUAUAUGUAUAAAUAAGCUCUCAAAGGGAGUGUGUGUAUGUGUAUAUUUGUAUACAUAUAAAGCUGCCAACUGUGAUCCACAAAUGCUGGACGAAAUCAGAACUAGAACUUUAGCCCAGGCCACUCCCUUUUUGCCCACCUUGCAACAAAAUAUAAAGAAACAAUAAACCUGAGAGGUGCUUUAAGAACUUUAUUUUGGGAGUUGCUUUGGAAGACUAUUCAGUCCCAUGUGCAGUUUUGGAAAUACUUAUUAAUUUACCUCUAAGACUCAGAGGGCCUUAUUUUGCAGAUAAGGAAGGAAAAUACUGUCUGAUUUUAAUACUAGAUGACGAUGGAACCAAGCUUCAACAAAGCUCAGUCAUGUCAGAUUAAAGCAAUCAAAGACCAGCUAAAAAAGUCAAGUUUUUACAUUUCUGACUUUUAGGUAGCAUUAAGGAAAAAUUGAUUGUAAUUUUUAAAUGUCAUCUGUUUAAGCGAAAUCCCCUCAUAGGAGCCAACAAUUGUUUGUAGAUUUUGUAAAAAAAAAAAAAAAAAAAUCAGGUUAUUCCAGUUGUGCUGACCUGAAAAUAACUCAUAGUAUUCCAUUCACGCAGAUAAGAACAAGCCUCCUGUAAACAGAAAUAUAGGCCAAGCAGAGCAAAGCAGAAAAAGCGACAAAGCAGCAACCUGUGUCCCCUGCCACCUCCACUGGCAGGACAAGCUCAGCAGUGACUUAAGGAUCUUUAAAUAUUAAAAGCUGUGUGAGCAUCUGCUCUUUAUUUCCCUCAAGGUCAGAACUAAAGAAAAUGCUGUAAAUUACAGCAGGAAGGAUUCGGUUAUAUAUAAAAUAAAUCACUGUGAGUGUUGAGACAAGGAUUUGAUUGCCCAAGGGAUUAAAUAAGGGACUACCUAUUGGCGGGAUAUUUUGAGGAUUAUUCUCUCUGGCAUGGAUUUGAUGAAAUCUCAUUCUCCUUUCCAGCUUCUGUUAAUUUGAUUUGA